CUUCAUUCUAGUGAUAACAGAUUUCACCCUGCUUUCAACAUUCUCACAUCUGUCAACUCAAUCCAAAUGUCUACUCCAGUUCAAUCUUCAUUGGCCGACCUCAAGGCAUCCACUGCUCAACUUGUGGGCAUCAUUGCCGGCGCCCAGCACGUCCCGGCCGGCUCAGUGCACGUCCACAUUGCUCUGGCAAGGCAGGUCACCAAUCUGUUGGCUGACAUCAUCCGGGUGCAUGAGAAAGGGGAUUACAUCCCUGGCAUUGUGGCUUCCUGUUCUAAGGAGCUGAUGAGGGUGUGUUCCAUGACUCCCCAGGUGUUGCCCAACUGGCACAGCAUUGGCCAUGAUGAUCCCUGGGUGGCUAGACACGCCUGGCGCAAGCAGGUCCGUGCCUGGGAGGCAUUGGGUGACAAUUCCUGUGAUCUCCCUGUUGUUUCUAAUCCUUCCACUGGCCCACUGACUGUCAAUCUUCCGUCUCCACCUGUCCCUUCCCCCGCACCUGGCCCUUUCCCCUCCACUGUCAUUUACUCCCCUCCCGUCGUCGCCGGCAAUGUCGCCGGACCUUUCGGCAAGACGACCUCCGAGUUCCGGGACAAAGGGAAAGGUAAGGCCAUUUCUGUUGACUUGGAGCCGGAAGUCGGAGGGAGCAACAAGAGGAAGUCCCCCAUGAUUUCUGGACACUCCUCCCAACCUCCGAAGUCGGCGAUGAAGGGUCACAAGCGUGUCAAGUCAACUGGACUCCCCAAGUCAAAGCCGUUUGUGGAGUCGGAAGAUGAUGAAGACCCAAUUGUUCAGCCAAUUUCGCGUGGAGUGCCGGAGGUCGUCCUUCCCCAGCUCUCCACCAUUGUUGUAAGGAAGCCCCAGUUGCCUCGUUCACCUGGUUCCCCCAAGAAGCAAUCAUUUGGGCCUGCUUCGCUGACUGCCGGCAAGCGUCUGGAGGUCAUGGAAUCUCCCAUCAGUCGUCCGGAGGCUCGGGCAACCUCCGGCAGUCGUCCGGAAGUUGAGGAGUCCUCUGGUGAUACUUCCAGCGCUUCGGAUGGUGACCCUCCGGCCACUACCACAUUUGAUAUCACCAUUCCCGUCCCAAACAACCCCUGCCGUUAUUGCGUCAAGGAGAAUUGGCCCUGUGCGACUCGUUUGGACAAGAGGUCCAGCCUCCCCUGCUUGUCUUGCAUCCGCUGCUCCACCAAGAAGAUCAAAUGCAACCCGGCAUCUCUGGGAUCCCCGCCCAAACGGACCCGAGGGAAGUCUACCACGGGACGGACACAUUCCAAGACACCUGCCCCUGCUCCAUCCACUGCUCCGUCUCCCUCCAGGUCAAGGGCCCGGACUCGUAGUCAAUCUCGUGGCCCGUCCCGAACUCCGGCCAUCCCUGCUGCAAGUACACCCCAGGUGCAGUCAUGUGGUCGCAGCAAGACCAUCACUACCAAGAAGACACCUGCACCUGCACCUGCACCUGCACCUGCCCCUGCCCCUGCCCCUGCACCUGCACCUGCGCCAGCUCCUGUUCGGUCUUCGAGUUCCGCAGUGCCUCGUGCAGCACUCGAUGUUCCCAUGCCGGAUCUCCAUUCCAUGGCAAUCGCGAUUCGGGAUGGUGCAGCUCGCAUCGCUAUUCUUGAGGCUCGGGUGCAGGAGCAGGAUGCUAAGAUUGAUACCCUGCAACGCCUCCAUGAGAGCCUCUGGUGCACGAUGGUCGACCCGCACCCUUCAUUUUCACUUCCGGACACACCGGCCGAUGCAACAAUCUUGCUUGAUCAAUCUGGUCCCCCCCCAUCCAUUUCACCCCUCCCCUCCACACUUUCCAACCUCAUUGAUUUGGACAUGUCAGUCAUGGAACCCACACCCUUGAUGGUUGAGGAUGGAUCUGCUAUGGUAGGUCUCAUGGUUGAGCCCACCCAAGUUCAGCCUGAGGGUCCACAAUCCUCCGGCGAAAUUGUGCUCCCUGAUGAACCAGGCAACCUCUUGCCAGAAUCCUCCGGCGAUAUUGUGGUCCCCAAUGAACCAGGUAACCUCCUGCCAGAAUAUGAUUCCUCUGAUGAGGAUAUGGAUGUUGAGGGGAAGGUUGAUCUUCCUGGUGAGGAGGUCGCAAUGGCUACAUAAUUGCUCAGUGAUAGAUGUACAUAAAUCUUUUUCAAUGCAUGUUACCUAUGCCACAAUUGAAUGAUUCAAUAAUCAGUCCC